AUGUGUCUACAGAGAGGAUACACCGAUGGUGUUAAACCCAGCAUCAUCGACUCAAAGCCUAUUGUCCUACCAGGAUCUGCCAGCGCAAGCACAUCUCAAUCACUACCCCCGGGUUCUGUCGCAACCUCGAAGUUAGCUUCAACAUCACCUACACCGGCCACUCCAAGCUCUACCUCUUCGAUCCCUCCCCAGAAUGUCCCUUUGACACCUCCUCCGCCUCCUGCCAGCACUCCUCCCCCACCACCUCCGCCCCCUAAGCCCCGCAAAUUCUUCCGCAGGUUCUUCACCACAGUGUUUCUUCUCACGGUAUUGGGGUACGGUGGAGGUGUAUACUAUUCAAGGGUUAAUGACAAUUUCCACGACUUCUUCACGGAAUACAUUCCAUUUGGAGAGGAUGCCGUGCUUUACUUCGAGGAGAGGGAAUUCCGGAAACGAUUCCCCAGGAUUGCGAACCGGUCGGCGACUCCCAGGGAUACUGGAAAGGAACAAACUAUAGCCGCGAAGAGUGGCGUAUCAUGGAGAGUUGCGGAGGAUAGCACUACGGGUGGCAGAAGACACUCAAAUGCCACCAAGCCAGACACUCCUAAGCCCAAGGAAGCGAUAAAAACUCCGGAAGAGACGAAACCAGAGGAGAAGAUCACGGCUGUUGAGAUCGCUAAGAAGGAAGCAAAAGCACCUGAACCCAUCAAGCCCAUAAUUCCUGAUGGGAAAUCACCCGAGUCACAACCACCGGCCAAACCCGGUCAUCCAAUGAUCACGGAAGCGGCAAGUGCGGCACCGAAGACAACAACUCCCGUCUCAUUUGUGGCCCCCGAGGUUGAUCAGCCGUCAAAGUUCCCACCGGAAGUCACUCGUAUCGACCCGAUCAAUAUCAAGGAUGCGAAUGAGCCUGUGGUCCAAGAUUUGGUCAAAAUUCUCAACGAUAUCAUUGCGGUUGUUAAUGCGGACAACUCGAAUACCAAGUUCUCCAGCACCAUUAACAAAGCGAAGAGUGAACUCACCAAGGUUGGAAGCAAGAUUAAGACUCUGAAGGAUAAUGCAGAAAAGGACGCAGCAGCCAAGAUCAAGGCCGAGAAAGAGGAUUUUGACCGUGCUGCCAAGGAGCUGAUCCGCCGAGUUGAGGCAGAGAUGGCACACCAGCAAUCAGAAUGGCAAGAGGAGUAUCAAACCGAACGCCAAAAGAUCAAGGACAACUACGAUGAAAAGCUGAAGGCUGAAAUCGAGCGAGCAAAGGAGGUUCACGAGAAGCUCCGCCAGAACGAGCUACUCGAGCAAGCCGUCAAAAUGAAGCAGAGAUUCAUCCAAGAAGUCAAAGACCGCGUGGAGGAGGAGCGCAACGGCCGCCUCGGCAAGCUCUCCGACCUCUCCAAUACAGUCACCGAGCUCGAAAAGCUCACCACGGACUGGAACUCCGUUGUCGACUCCAAUCUGAAGACGCAACACCUUCACGUAGCUGUUGAAGCCGUCCGCACUAAUCUGGAGAAGAGCCAAGUCCCUCGCCCAUUCGUCCGCGAACUCGCAGCCCUGAAAGAAAUCGCCUUAGAUGACCCCGUCGUCAACGCAGCCAUCGCAUCAAUCAACCCUACCGCCUACCAACGCGGGAUUCCCUCCUCUGCCCAAUUGGUCGACCGUUUCCGUCGAGUCGCCACCGAAGUGCGGAAAGCGUCCCUCUUGCCUGAAGAUGCAGGCGUCGCCAGCCAUGCGUCGAGUUAUGUCCUUAGCAAGAUCCUGUUUAAAAAGAAGGGUCUCGCGACGGGUGAUGAUGUCGAGAGUAUCUUGACGCGCACGGAGACUUUCCUUGAGGAGGGGGAUCUGGAUGGUGCGGCGAGGGAGAUGAAUGGGCUUAAGGGGUGGGCGAAGACAUUGAGUAGGGAUUGGCUGGGUGAGGUGAGGAAGGUGUUGGAGGUGCAGCAGGCGCUGGACGUAAUCGCAACAGAAGCUAGACUACAGAGCUUGAGGGUUGAAUAG